UCGUUUAAAGCCGAUGGACUUUGCCUAGAAACACUGUUACUCUGUCUUGUUGAGCAGCGCAGAGCACAUCACCGGGAAGAUGAUGAUAUUUGGAAGAGGCAAUCAACGAGAUAACUGAGUUGUGGAGAAGGAAACUCCACCCAAGAGCCAGGGAUUCUUGUUACAAGGAGGAGGCAGAAGGAAUUGUAAAAAAGGAUUACAGAAGCUCUCCAUCCAUGUGGUGCUACGUACUUCUCUUUGCCAUGAUUUGGGCAAUUGUUUGGUUCCUAAGGGACAGACAGACCAUAUCAAGAUUUUCAGACAAACAUGUCUUCAUCACAGGCUGUGACACUGGCUUCGGAAAUUUGCUGGCCAAACGUCUGAGCAGGAAGGGCUUCCAGGUCUUGGCAGGAUGCCUCACUCAAACAGGAGCAGACGAACUAUUGAAAGCUUGCCCUGUGGGGCUAAAAUGUAUUUUACUGGAUGUUACCAACAGUGACAGCAUCAAACAUGCUGUGGAGUGGGUGAAGUCUGAGGUGGGGGACAAAGGUCUCUAUGGUCUGGUUAAUAAUGCUGGCAUUGCCAAUCCUAUAGGCCCCACUGAAUGGAUGACGUUGCAGGACUAUCGGAGAGUUAUGGAAGUUAACACAUUUGGGACAAUUGGAGUGACCUUAAGUUUUCUGUCACUAAUAAAGAAGGCACAAGGACGUGUUGUGAAUAUGGCAAGCAUUCUUGGGAGGAUCUCAGCCAACGGAGGCGGGUACUGUGUAUCUAAAUACGCUGUGGAGGCAUUCUCUGACAGUCUCAGGCGUGACAUGCAGCACUUUGGAGUUAAGGUUUGCAUUAUAGAGCCGGGUUUCUUUAAGACUGCAGUGACAAAUCUUGAUUCUAUUGAGAAGUCGUUGCAGCAGCUAUGGGACCAGAUGCCACCUGAAACACAAAGAAGCUAUGGACAUACCUUUUUCAAACAAUAUCUCAAAGUACAAAGGAUCAUCAUGAAUUUCAUCUGUGAUCCUGACAUCUCCAAAGUGCCAAAGUGCAUUGAACAUGCUUUACAAGCUUCAUAUCCGCGAACCAGAUAUAGCCCAGGUUGGGAUGCCAAACUCGUGUGGAUACCAGCUUCCUACAUGCCAUCUUUUAUUGUGGAUGCAGUCCUGGCUUUUGUCCUUCCCAAGCCAGAGUACAGAGUUUGCUAAGACUAUUAAAUGACAGAGAAUCAUCCUUUAAGAGAAAUGUGGUAAAAAAAAAAAGUCUAGCGCAGUAUUUACUUUUUCACACUUUACAUGUUAUUGUACAUUUUAUAUUUAUCACCACCACAAGGCUCUCGACUUACUGAAGACCAAAUGAAUUGUCUUUGAUAAUGGAGAGAGGAUCAUUUAUUUAUAAUACAUUUUGUGUGACAU